AUGAAAUCUAGGCUUCAAAAUGGAAAUUAUUUUUUGAAUAAAGAUUUCAUCUAUUAUCACAGACCAUAAAUACCUGUUACAAUCCAAUCAAAAUCAGCAAUUGAAAUUAAACCAAUUCCGUAACCAAGUAAUCAUCAAAAAAAACAGAAAACCAUUCACUAUUAUGAUCAAUAAAAAUUUGAAUAAUAUACAUCUACUAAAACUAAACUCUAUGAUUUAUUAAGUUUAAGAUAAAGUAAAUAUAACCAAUCAUUAAAGCUAAUAGGACACCAAUUCAAAGAAGAAGAUAACCUGAAUCUUCUCUUAUAGUUAAAAGAAAUCCAGAGAUUUUUACAUCAAAUGUUGAAAUAAAUGAUAUCAAAUAAAAAGUCAAAACCUUCAGUCAAGAAUGUCCAAGAACUUAAUAAAAAAUUACAAUAGUUCAACAUUCAUCAUAAUUAGCGAGUACAUAAAAAAGAAAUCAUAAUCAUUCGAAAUCUACUAAUAAUAAUAAUAAUAAUAAUACCUCGACUCCUUAACUCAAUAAAACAGUCUCUCAAUUUUAAUGUUUUACUCCUCUAACAAAUUAAAAAAACAAUAAUUCUUAAUUGGAUCUGAUGCAAAGAAUCAAAUAAUAAAAAUUAGAAAGUCUUAUCAAUCUUAUUAUCAAUAAUCAACUUAAUAAUAUUGUACAUGGCUUUACACUCAUUAAGAAUACUGCUCCUUUACUACGUUACAUAAAAGAUCUGGAAAGGAGAAAAGCAGAAUUUAAAUAAAAAAGAUUUCAAAUUAAAUUAAUCAAAAUUAAAUGA